AUGCAGUCCAGCACAGUUUCUUCUGCCAUCUCUCCAGCUAGCUUCACCACCAAUAACUCCUCAAACAACCUCGCCGAUGUUGCCGCUAGAGUCGUUGAAGAAUUCCGUCACAAUAACGACGAUUACGAUGAUAUCUUCAACGAUCACGAUCACCAUAGCAGUGAGUUUUCCGCUCCUAAUAACGACUGUAAUCCAGAGCAUGAUCAUGAUGAUAAUGAAAAUGAAAAUGAUGAUGAAUUCGAGUUUGCUGUUGUCCGUACGGACGUUAAUAAUCUACGUAUCAUUCCACAAUAUCCGUUAUUUGAUAGAAACUUAUUACUGGACGUUGAUCCUAAUUUAAUUCACUUCGUUAACGACACGACGGAAAUCGUACGGCUUCCGUUACAUAAGCUAUUCAAUGAAGAACGUGAAUUCACAUCAUCGGAAUCCACGUCAUCUGAAUCCGACGAUCUCGACGGUGUUAAUCCCAACACGUAUUGUGUCUGGAAACCGCCGGAAAAGUCUACUUCCUCACGCCGGUGGAAAAUCCGUGAUAUUUUGUUCCGGAGUAACAGCGACAGUAAAACGACGUCGUUUGGGAAGAAAAAUGAUGAGAACUCUGACGGUGCCGUUAAGUCGGAAAGUAGAGGUAGCCGGCGGCGGUUGUACUUGCCGUUCCGACAAGCUCUGGUUGAUUCAUUUAGUAACGUAAGUCAAUCUAACAGAAAUUUACGUCCAUUUUGA